AAAUAUGCCAUGUGCCAUGCCAUGUGUCACUUAACCUUAACCAACUAAGGUUUAGUUUAUUUAUAUUUACAAUUUUCGAUUUUUCAAACAUUGUUAACAGUGCAAGUCCUUCGAACGAUACCUAUUAGGUUCCAAUAAACAUGACAUCGGUUCAGGAAAGGCUUCAAUUGAAACGAGAACCACUAGAUAAAUGGUCCGUAAGAGAACAACUUUGUUUGGCUUCUGCAGUGAGCAGAAGUGGAGACCAGAAUUGGAUGUCUGUUUCUAGGGCUUUAAAACCUUUUGGUGAACCAAAUCGACCGUCUGACUGGUUUCAUUUAAAAAAUUGUGCGGCACAGUAUGGAAUGCUAUUGGGUAAUGUCGAGACUCCGAAGAGAAAAAAUAAGAAAGCCAGUGUUGACACUGGUGGUGAAACGCCGCCAGAAAGUAUUUUAAAGAGACUAAGUAUCGAGAGGCAAGCAGAAUUGAAGAAACUUCUUGCAGAAGAAAAGGCAGAAUAUCAAAAAUUACAAGAGGAUAUGGUUCUGCUUCAAUCAGGGAAGGUAUCAGAGGAACAAUUAGAUAAGUGGUGUCAGGAAAUAGAAGAUGAAGAGAACCAAAAAGAACAAGAAUCCCUCACACACUCCAGAUGGUUGAAAGAGAGGGAGCUACGUAAACAGGAAAUUGAAAAAGUCUGGAGACCUUCAAAAACAAUAAUGGGACAGAAACGUAAAAGCUCAGACCGGCUAGAUAAUCUGAUCGAACAAGAACAUAUGGAUGAGCUUAUGCUUCAACAGCAACCACAGCUCAAUCAACAACAACAACAUCAUCAGAUAUAUUCACAACCUUCAGAGACAAUGAAACCUGCCCUUUCUCCUUUACUGACAAGUUUAUUAAAAUCUCCUUCACAAGUUCCAAGCACUCCUAUUCUACAUACAGCUAUUACCAAUAGACCUAUUCCUAAUACUAGUACCAAUCCUAUGAUAGCAAGUUUAUUAAAUUCAUCACCUACCGUAACAGUAUCUCCUGGUCUACAACAACUCGUUAGUUCAGCUAUUGGCCAAGAAACGCCAGAAUUGGUUGGACAAAUUCAGCACCAUCAGCCACAACAGCACCAACCUAUUACAAACGACAUCUUGGAUGAUCCAAGCUUGCCUAACAUCAAAAUUGACGAUUUGGCGAACAGUAUAUUGGUCCAGGAUGGUCCCCUGCCAGAAAUAAAGAAAGAAGAAGUCGAUGAUAUUAUAUCGGAGAUCAUAGAGAAUGCGAAUGAUAUUGUAACUGAUCCCGAGCAACAUUUAGAAUUGGACGUUAACGGAGAUAUUAAUAUUAAUUUGGAGUUUGACGAUGAAGAUGACCUUCAAGACAUUGUAGAGCCCAAGAUUGAGCCAAAAGAAGAAAAGAAAGUGGAAGAAAAAUUUGUUACUCCCGCCCCGGUUGUGGAUCCUUUUGAAUUCCAGGAGGAUCCUGUCAUCCAACCUUCGGUGAAAGUUUCCAACAUUAACAAACAGGACCACAAACCGUACGUUCCCCAGUAUCAGCAACAGGCUUCUUAUUUGGAACAAGCAAGCACCACCGGCAAAGAGAUCGAACUGCAGCAGAAUAGAAGUCAGUAUAUUCCUAAUGUCGAAGAGCCGAAAGAAGAACCGAAAAAUACUUCGCCCGUUAUAUCACAGCUUCAAGAAACUGAAGAACCUCAACCGGAACCACAAGAGGAACACGUUGUAAAAACUGAACCCUCCGUGGUUCCGGGCUCAGUCGAAAUAGUAGAAGUCGUGGUAACCGACAACGAUGAGCUAGACAAAGAAGCUUCCAAAUCGGAAGUGAUCAGUUCAGAAAAAUCGAACAAUUCCGAAGAUGUUAAGUCGAUAAGAACGGAAAUCGAAGAAAAAAUCAAAACAGAAAACGAAGAAAGCAGUCCCACAGUAAGCAAAGACACGACAUCCACACUUCAAGAAACUGAAGAACCUCAACCGGAACCACAAGAGGAACACGUUGUAAAAACUGAACCCUCCGUGGUUCCGGGCUCCGUCGAAAUAGUAGAAGUCGUGGUAACCGACGACGAUGAGCUAGACAAAGAAGCUUCCAAAUCGGAAGUGAUCAGUUCAGAAAAAUCGAACGAUUCCGAAGACGUUAAGUCGAUAAGAACGGAAAUCGAAGAAAAAAUCAAAACAGAAAACGAAGAAAGCAGUCCCACAGAAAGCAAAGAUACGACGUCGAUUGCUACCUACGAAGAAUCUUCCGAGACCUCAGAUUCGGUGGCCGAAGUUAAAAAAGAAGAAUCUGGAAAAGAUGUCGAAAUUAAGACUGAGUUCGGGGAUGAAUUGUUCGAUGAGAUGAAUAUAGAAGUUAAAUUUGAUAAAAAUGCAAAGAAGAGGGAUUAUUCCAGGACAAAGAAAAAGGAUGAGAAAGGUUUUAAUAUGCUCCUUGGUUUGGACAAAUCAAAUAUCGACGACCAAGAUCUAAUGGAGGAGACAAUGUCCGAUAGUGCAAUGGACGUCGAAAAGAAAGGCGCAAAAUCAAAAGUAAAGGCAGAGACCGACCGAUCAAACAGCCCAUGGACGGAGGAAGAAGAUGGAGGCAGAAGUAGCAAAAGAAGAUAUUCAACGCCAGUGACACCUACCGAUUCGGUGACGCCUACCGAUUCUCCAGUAUCCGUUUCGGCUUAUUAUGACGAUGAUAAAGAAUACAGGAAUUGGAAAAAGUCUGUGAUUUUAGUCUACAACCGAUUGGCGACAAAUAAAUAUGCUUCUUUGUUUUUGAAACCCAUUAAUGAUGAUCAGGCGCCAGGUUACAGUACUGCAGUUUACAGACCAAUGGACCUUCUCACAAUCAAAAAGAACAUCGAAAACGGUACAAUCAGAUCCACCUUGGAAUUCAAACGUGAUACGAUGUUGAUGUUCACGAAUGCAAUCAUGUACAACAGAACUGACAGUCUCGUUUACAAAAUGGCGAUGGCUAUGCAACAGGAAUGCAUAGAACCUAUCGAGAUACUCAUGAUGGCGGAGAACCACAACGAUUUUUCGCUUAGAAGGGAAACUAGAACGAGCGAACUAGGAACUAAGAGGAAGAGGACAUUCACAGAUGAGGUUUUAAUGAAGUCGACGUCGAAAAAGCGAAAAGAAGAUUAGCAGUACGCCAAUAGCAUCGCCAAAAGAAGAUGUACAUAUGAACUUUCUAGUGGUAGUUCCCAAUGGAACGAGUUUUGGUGGUAAAAAGAUAUUUGAGUAUCAGUUUUAGUAUGUGUAAAUAUAGACUUAUGUGAAGAGAAUAAUAAAUCAAUUGGAAUCUUU